AUGACGGAAGCGGCGCCUGCCCAGGUAAGCGUCCCGGCCCGUGGCCGCCGCGUGCGAAGCUUUCUGAGGGUGAUAAGCAGAUGUGUAACAGAGGCCUCCCACCCCUUUCUCUUCACCCAGCCAAAUGCAGAGAAGAGCUCAUACCUCUGCUCCACAGAGAUCACACUGUGGACGGUGGUGGCUGCCAUUCAGGCCUUGGAGAAAAAAGUGGAUUCUUGCCUGGCCCGCUUGCUGACUCUGGAAGGACGCUCAGGGAUAGCCGAGAAGAAACUGGCUGACUGUGAGAAGACAGCUGUGGAGUUCAGCAACCAGCUGGAGGGCAAGUGGGCCGUGCUGGGGACCGUGCUGCAAGAGUACGGGCUGCUGCAGCAGCGCCUGGAAAACAUGGAGAACCUCAUGCGUAACCGGAACUUCUGGGUCCUGCGGUUACCCCCUGGCAGCAAGGGCGAGGUCCCCAAGGUACCCCUGACCUUUGAUGAUGUGGCCGUGUAUUUCUCUGAAUUGGAGUGGGGCAAGCUGGAGGACUGGCAGAAGGAGCUCUACAAGCACGUGAUGAGGGGCAACUAUGAGAUGCUGGUCUCCCUGGAUUAUGCCAUCUCCAAACCAGACAUCCUCACGAAGAUAGAGAGAGGAGAGGAGCCCUGUCCUUCAGGCUCCUGGGGCCAGGAGAAGGGGAGUGAGGAGGAGACAGUAUGCCUAAGGAAACCAAACACUGGCAUCUCUCUGAGUCCAGAGCAGGCCCCAAGUCCAACCAGACUUCCCCAGAAGAAACAAAAAAAAAGGCUGACACCUAAGCAGCAGCAGCAAGUGGAAGCAAGUGUGGCUCCACCUGAGCCAGGCGCUGGGAUUCGAGCAAGCACCAGCUCUUUAUCAAUUAAACAGGAAGGAGACUCCGCAGAGGGCCAGUUGCCACCCUCCCUUCCCACAGAUAACCUGCCUUCUCUGGGGCCAGGUGGUGAUGCUGUGACCAUCAAGACAGAAGCCCCAUCUGAGGAUGACCCUGAGCAGCACCUUCUGGAGGCCCCUAGGCAGUUCACACAUCGAGUCCACAAAAGGCCCAGAAAUAAGACUAAAGGCUCCAGACAGCAUCAUGCCCAGGGAGUACCUCGGGUGCAGAUUGGGGAACCCCAAGCAGCAGAGGCUGUGGGCGAGCCACCUAGUAUCCUCCCCCGACCACGGGAGCGGGCAUUCCUGUGCCCUGACUGUGGUCAGAGCUUCCACUUGAAGAUUAAUCUGACAAUCCAUCAGCGGACCCAUGUAGAAGAGGAACACAGUGAGGCUUUCAGUGGCUUGCCUGCUGGGUUGGAGGAAAGCCACUCCACACUGGAACCGGGGGAGGUGGUGGUGCCUGGCCCUGUAAUUCGCUGUCUACCUGAGGAGUUCACAAGCCAUGGUUCCCUGGCAAGCUAUGCCAUCAUGGGACGAAGGCCAGCAGCUAAGGUUUACCACUGUAGUAAAUGCCUGCACUCCUUUCAGCAACGGAAGAGCCUGAUACUGCACCAGCGUCAGCACACAGGCAAAAGGCAGGGCUGGCCGGCUUGUCCCUACUGUGGCAAGGCCUUCCGCCGGCCCUCAGACCUCUUUCGUCACCAGCGCAUCCACACUGGCGAGCGUCCCUAUCAGUGCCCUCAGUGUGGCCGAGCCUUCAACAGGAACCACCACCUGACUGUCCACAUGCAGACCCAUUCCUGAAGCCAGGCAAUCCUGCAUUUCCUCAUGCCUUCUGUCCUCCAGGGGAGCCCAGCCUGGAAGAGGAAGGCUGACAGGAGCCUGCCAUGAGACCUUUGGCUGUCCUGGUAGGACCUGUAUUACCUGUAUUACCUCAGGGCCUUUCUCUUGUGCCUGACCUGACAUUGGUCCCUCUAUCUGGGAUGGCUUUGGAGAGUU